AUGCUCGGGCUCGACGAGUACGGAAGCAGUGACGAGGAAGAGACCCAGGCGCCUCAGCCCAGCGAGGCGAAGAAAGCGAGCCUCCCGACGCCUGCUCAGCCGGCAGUAGAGAAGCCUGCAGAAGGCAAGGCGCCUGGCGCACCGGACCAGAAGAACGCAGCCCAGCCCACGGAGCCAACAGCGGCGCCUGAUCCGUCUUUCCCAGACCCGACCGAGGGCGUUCCCACAGACGCUCCCGCACCAGGUCCUUCUGCGCCGCCUGUAGAUGAGCCCGAAGAGUCCAAUGGUGCCGCUGCCGCUCCGCAGUCGCCACACUCUGCCACCCGCGCCAUCGUGCGCGACCUGACGAUGCCGCCGGUUCCUAGCUUCGAGAUACCUCCUUCGCCGCCUGGAUCGCCGCCGCCCAAGUCCACGAAGCAAUUCGCGCAUUUUCUCGAGCUCAAGAAGAAAGGCGUUCACUUCAACCAGCGUUUAGAGAAUUCGUCGGCGCUGCGCAACCCGAGCCUACUCCACAAGCUGCGCGGGUUUGCAAGCAUCGACGACGAGGCCCAGUACGCUACCACCCUACCCUCGGAUGUUGCUGUGCCCACGGUCUUCCCGUCUUGGGCAUAUGCGGAAAACCUCGGCAAGUCACAGCGAGAGAUUGCUAGGAAGCGGGAGGAGGAGCAGAAAAAGACUCAGAGAGAAGCCUUGGAAUUCGUCCCUGCCAGUGAUCUAGGCUCUUCUGGACUAGGCAUUGGCAAUGGGGAGGGAAUUAGCAUGGCGGAAAGGGUCAGGGCAGGGUUGAGCAGAGAGGGCUCCGGGUCGCCGCAGGUCUCGGAUAGCGGGAAGCGUAAAGAUGUAUUGCAACUCCUCUUGAAGGUGGUGGUGUUGAGAAAUGCGGUGAUUGGAUGGGCAGACGCCGCAAGCGCAGGCCAGGCAGUGAUCGCGCGCGUCAGCCGGCGACCUGGAGCUUCCUGGAGCUCAGCACCACCAACGCCAUCACCUCCGUCUACCACUGCCAUCGCCCACCACCACACUGCAACCUUCCUGACCCCAAACCCUCGAUCCGUCCUCCGCCACCUGUCGCCACAUCCUUUCUUCGCCUCCGUAGCCAUGAACCACCUCCCGCAAGCCUGGGGCAGACCCAGAGACGACGUCUAUGGCGCCUACGACCAUUCCUUUCUCCAGACCAGCGGCCCCAUGCAGCACACCCAACAACCCAUCGUGACGGGCACCAGCGUUGUGGCAGUGAAGUACAAGGAUGGCGUCGUCAUUGCUGCCGAUAACCUAGCAUCAUAUGGCUCGCUCGCUCGUUUCACGGACGUCAAGCGCCUGCGCGUCUUCAACAACAAAUCCGUCGUCGGCUUCGGCGGCGACGUGUCGGACAUGCAGUACCUGGACCGACUGCUCACCUCCCUCUCCAUCCGCGAGGACUACAGCCAGCACGAGGCGGCCGAAGACGACGUGUCGAGCGAGGAGCAGCCUAUCGGUGGCGGUGCAUCGCUCAACGCCAAGAACUUGCACACGUACCUUUCCAAGGUGCUGUACAAGCGCCGGUCCGAUUUCAACCCGCUGUGGAAUGUGCUACUGAUCGCGGGCUUCGAUCACGACGGCAAGACGCCCUUCCUCGCGCUCGCCGACUUGCUGGGCACCACCUUCUCCGCGCCUGCCCUGGCCACCGGCUUCGGCGCCCACCUCGCCACGCCCAUCCUGCGCAAGCACGUCCCGGACGAGGCUGCCGCGCGUGAACUCAGCCGCGCCGACGCCGUCCAGUUGGUCAAGGACUGUAUGAAGACGCUCUUUUAUCGCGACGCCCGCAGCUUGGACCGCUACUCGAUCGCUGUCAUCGAGCGCGGCCGCGAUGUCGACCUUAGAGAGAACGAGCAACUGGAGAACCAGAGCUGGGCGUUCGCCGAGAGGAUCAGAGGCUACGGCACGCAGAUCAACUAA